AUGUAAUGAGUCGAAGUCUUCUAAAAAUAUCAUCACUUUUCUAUAUCCAAAAACCAAAACAAGAACUCAGCUCCCUUUCUUUUCUUCAUCAUCAUGAAAUCUUCAACAAGUUCAAGUGAUCAAUACCAGAAAUUUUCUUCUUCAUAUGGCGACGAAACGCCACCACCAGCUGGCGUUCCAGUGAGCUCGAAAACCCAGUUUUACGUAGAGACCAUGGAUCCGCAGCCUGCUAUGUAUAGAAAGAAGAAGAAUGACGUUCCAUGGUCAACUGGAUUAUGUGACUGCAUGUCCGACCCCAAGAAUUGUUGCAUAACAUUCUGGUGUCCAUGCAUCACUUUUGGACAGGUUGCUGAGAUUAUUGACAAGGGUUCCAAUUCUUGUGGAGUGAAUGGAGCAUUAUAUGCAAUAAUAAUAUGUGUGACUGGUUGUCCAUGUUGUUAUUCUUGUUUCUAUCGUUCCAAGAUGAGACAACAAUACUUGUUGAAAGAAAGCCCUUGUGGGGAUUGUUUGGUUCAUUGUUUUUGUGAAGCUUGUGCCUUGUGCCAAGAGUAUCGUGAGCUCAAAAAUCGUGGAGUUGAUAUGUCCAUUGGUUGGCAUGGAAAUGUGGAGAGGCAAAAUCGUGGAUUGAUUAUGCCACCAACAGUUGAAGGAGGAAUGAACAGAUAAUAAUCAUGAGAGAGUUUAAUAUAGUGAAUAU